GAAACGCAAGCAAAGCCAGAUCAAAGCAAACAACGGACAAAUAACCAACGAAAACUGGAUUUCGGGAAUGAAAAGUGUUUUUAAUUAAAGUUUACAGUGUUAAUUUGUGCAAAAACCGAAUCUGGAUACCGGAAUACGUGACGAAUAUUCAAUGAACUUAUUGGUGGUUGCCGUAAUAUUAAGAAAAAGUGCUUUGGAAUAAAAAUAGUUCGGAUUUUCGUUGAACGAAAUAAAUAGAAAGAAAAUGCCUAUCACAACUAAGCGUCGAAGACAGACCAUAUUUCCACCAGAUAGUCAUGUGUCGGGAAAUAGUUUCAUCAGCAAUGACCGCCACCGGAAUAGGCACCGAAUGCAGCCUUUGUUGGAACCGCCCGGCUCAUCAUCUAUAAUAGAAAUUUCCAGCGCAGAGAAUACACCUAUUCCGACGCUCGGCUUGCAGGAUCCUCGGUCUUCGGUGAGGAUAAGUUCCGUGCAACAAGGAAGGGCUACGCGAUUAACCGAUGUUGACAUGGUUCUGGAAGAUACAGAAUUGCCAUCGCAAAGAAUAAGAACCCAGUUGUUUCAUUUGGACGAAACCAACACGAGUCUCGUAAAUCUGGAUGAAACAGACAUGAUCAUACGCGAUCGUCCAAAGUCAUCAGUAGCACAGCGCUGGACUAGAAGCGGAUCGAUAAUUCCCCCCGAAGCCGCAGACACCCGACGCAGUUCGGUCUAUUCAAUGGUAACGAAACGUAACCGACAACGGGCUCGGUCGGUAGCACAAAACUCUUCGAUAGCAGUUGCAGAUGUCGUACGAAGCAAGUCCUCCGCAAGACGAGAUACCAAUCCUGAACCUGUGAAAAACCUAUCUCAGAUAUCUGAAGAGCAAUCAAAUUCAAUGAAUUCCAGUGGCUCACAAUCCACUCCGAAACCGUUCGUCAGAGAGCUUGUAAUUCAAACGAGAACCAUGAGAAAAAAAGGUAAAAAAUGGUCUAUUGGACAGGACAACACUGAGCAUGCUUCGCAAACAAGUAGCACGCCCAAUGCAAUCGCUGCAGAAUCUACCGUUGUUCAGUCCACAAAACCACAAUCCAGUUCUAAAGAGCCAGAUUCAGGAUCGGUGCAGAUGCGCCGCCAAGGUCGCAAGCGUUCUCGUAAUAAGGCUUCCGAGUCUGCAACAAGUGAGCUUUCGAGUGAGCCAGCAAAUCGCCCUCGCACACGAUCCGUUUCCCGAACUCGUCAUCCUGAAAUUUUAACAAGGCGUCGAAGACGUUCGCGUAAUGCAUCCGAUGCCAAGCAUACAAAGUGUUCAUCAAGUUCCGAAGAGACCGAUCAAAGAUCCAAACCUAAGCGUCUCCGUAUUCAAUCCGCUUCUCGUGGUCGUUCUCGUACUAAAGGCGUUGCAGAAUCACUCAUCGGUGAACCAGUAAAACAAACUCGCCCUCGAACUCGAUCCGUUUCGCCAGAUCGCCCACCAGAGAUUUUAACAACUGGUCGCAAACGUUCACAUAAUGCUGCCGAUGAUAAGCAUGCAAAGCGGUCAUCAAAUUCCGGAGAGGUAAGUCGAAAAUCGGAAUCAAUCCACUCCCGAAUUCAAUCCGGUUCUGGUUCCCGUGAUAAGACCGUAGCCGAAUCUGUCAUAAGUAAGCCUGCGGAAGGAUCAGCGAAUCGUUCUCGAACGCGAUCCAUUUCGCGGACUCACCAACCUCAAGCUUCAACUAAUCGUCGUAAUGCUUCCAAUGCCAAACAUACAAACCAGUCAUCAAGUUCCGAAGAGGCCGUUCCAGAGUCUGUCACCAGUGAGUCUGCGGGAGGUUCAACAAAUCGCCCUCGAACGCGAUCCGUUUCUAGGACUCGCCAACCUGAAAUGCUUACAAAUCGCCCUCGAACGCGAUCCGUUUCACGAACUCGCCAACCUGAUAGCCUAACAAAUAGUCGUAGACGUUUGCGUAAUGCUAAGGACACAAAAGGUUCAUCAAGUUCCGAAGAGAUAGAUCAAAGAUCUAAAACAAUGCGUCACCCAGUUGGAUCUGUUUCAGGAGCUCGUUCUCGCAAUAAGGACGUUAUCAAUAAGCCUGCGGAAGAGUCAGAGAUUAUAUCAAACCCUCGCAGAAGAUCGCGUAAUGCAUCUGAUGCUAAACACACAAAGCAGUCAUCAGGUUCCGAAGAGGCCAUUGCAGAAUCUGUCGCCAGUGAGUCUGCGGGAAGGUCAACAAAUCGCCAUCGAACACGAUCCGUUUCGCGAACUCGUCAACCUGAUAUUUUAACAAAUCGUGAUGGACGUUCAACGCACAAAGACCAACCGCCUAGCUCCGAAGAGGAUAAUAAAAAAUCUAAAUCUUUGCGUCGUCGAAAUCAAUCCAAAUCUCUUAAUCGUUCCCAUGAUAAGGCCGAUGUAGAAUCUGUCGCCAGUGAGCUAAGAGAUCAAACUGAAAACGUUAAUCGCAGGCGUCAUCGCAAUUUAAUCGCAGCUGAAUCUAACCGAAUUGAGCACACAAAAAGAAAAUCAAGUUACGAUUCAGGAUUGACAAUGGUACGUUCCCGAAUUCGAUCCAUUUCCCAAUCGUGCGAUGCGACGGAAAGUUCAAAUAAUUCUAUUAAGGCGGCUGGAAACUCCAAGAAACGUACUAAAACAAAAUCCUCUUUAACUGCCACGCCCAAUACAACAUCUCGAGCAAAAUCUGUUCCCCGAGAAGUUAUGCUGUCGCCCCCAUCUUCGUCAAUCGGAAACAAAUCAUCCAACGAGCACAACAUUCCUGUAUACCGCAAGUACGCAGAGAAUGUGCUGAAACUUGCAGUCAGCCCUGCGGUGAAGUCAACAAAGCAUAAAUCCACUUCACGUCCUGCCGACGGUGCCGGAUCCGACGUGUACAUGUUCGAUUCUCCCAGUCAGAGCUCAUCUGGCAGUGAUCAUGGUGGUGGCGGCUCCAAAGUCAGCAGUAAAGCAACCAAGGGAUCUAGCGCCAAGAGGCGACCCAAACCGGCCAACGUAUCAUCGCGUAGUAACAGGAUUACACCGCUCAAGAAGUCUGUGUUCGGAACGAACAUGCACACGAUUUCCAGUGUAGUGAAGAAAAUUGGCGGCGGACCAGUGCGGAGGAAAUCCGAUAAAGAAUCGACGGCGACAUCGUCGAGCGAAAUUGCGAAGCCCAAAGAUGUUGUGCACACAUCAACCCUAGCCGCAAUGGUGCAAGCAGUGCAGCCAUCUACUCAGCACAUCGCCGCUCGUACGCCUUCUCCGGCAAUUGUUGAUGACGACGAUCUUCAUCAAGAUGAUUUCGAAGAUCGCGGUUUUGAGAUGGAAAAUAUACCGGAUGUAGAAAUUCCAACGCCGUUGUCACCUCCAAGGAUAAAUCCUCAAAUUCAACGCGUCCUGCAAAGAGAAGCUCCUCAUCAGGUCCACACUCCGGACAAGACUCAGCCAAAUAACACUCUGAACUUCUCCCCAUUAGGAGCGUCAUCUCCGUGGAGAAUACAGAAUGAAAACGUUCUCCCGAAGACAUUCUACUUUGCUCGCUCCAAGGAUCUUCUGCCAUCGUAUGAAAGCGAUCUUGUUGUUCAGGAUGAAAACCAUGCACCAAAACCAGUUUCCCACAUUGACGUUCUACCUCCUCCAGCACCAGUUCCUGCUGCAACAGCUUCUCCCAUGCGUCCUGUAACUUUUGCGCGACCAACUACGAAUAAGACAUCCAAGCCUUCCGCUGUAAUGUUUACGGAAAUUCAGAAAUCAUAUGAUCAGCUAAAAGCUACCAGCGACAUGAGCGAGAAACUCAUCACGGCCAUGAGAAAGUACAAAUCGAACGUCCAUCAGACCACCUCGUUGGGCGACGAAAGCACACCAGAAGAGCUAUUCACCAAGUUCCGUCAAUACGAAGAAAACAUGAAGAAGACAUAUCAGAAGCUAAAACAAUGGUACGAUCGGUCCAAGCACACAUACACUAACUCGAUGAAGGCAAUCGAGCAAGCUGUUCCAACAACUCAGGCCCAGAAACAACUGGUGGAGAACUUCCGUCGCAACUCUGAACGAUUCCUAACCAUGAUGGAUGAUUUGGAAUCGGCAAUAAAUGAUUCAAACAUAGAAAAUCUUUCCCCAUCAAAAUCAGUUGAGAAAUCUCAACGUCCUGCUUUUAAGGACAUUAUUCUUACGGAUCGAAAUAUGAACGAUCGAAACAGAAGCCCCUUAAAGACAUUAGACAUUGUAAAUGUACCACCUAGAUUCUCCCCAAUUAAGUCACCACUAGUGAAAGCAUCAUUCCCGAAUCGGUUGAUUGCCGUCCAUUCUAAAAGUAGAGAUCGAUUCAGUCGUUUGAGUUUAACCAAGCCAACAAAACCUCCUGAAGUCUCGGCCAUAGUGCCUGCGGAAAGUGUAAUCGAAGUAGCUGACACGUUAGCAGAAGAACAUAUCCAGCCUAGCAAUAACCUUCCCGAACAACCCCAAAAGGAUCUGUUUGGAUUCGAAAGCGACAUCGCCGAGGAGCCAGAAGAAGAUAACACUCUGCUUUCUGUCGAUCCAACACCCAUGAAAAUCACCCGCGAAACACUAAAGGAGCGGCUACAGAGCAUGCGAAAACUGCUACCGCCACCGAGUCGAACAACCGUGGAAUCCUCAGUCAAAAAUCAUCAAAACCUUCCAAGGAUUUUCAACAGUCCUCGGCGAAAACGUCACAUCGCAUCGAUUCAGAAUGCAUUCAGCUCUUCAACGCCACUUGCCCAGAAGCGCAAUCGGUUGCCUAAACGAGUGAUGGAACAACCAGAACCUGACGCCUCGAACAUCUCGGCUAUCGGCAGUUCCGAAGUGGCGACGUCUACGGAGAACGAAAACACCAGACCACCACCACAAGAAAGUCCUCCGGCGGCGGUUUUUGAUGAGCCUGACCAGGAAUUGGCAUCAACUUCGUUGAGCAGCGUGAAUCGAACUUACAGUCGCGUACCCCGGAGAAAGGUGAAACGGAAAGUGAACAUCUAUUUGGCGAAUCUGGGUCUCAGUGAUACCGAAGAGGAAGUAUCAGAGGAUGAAAGUUGGCAUCCGACCGACUCGGAAAUACGGAACGAGAAGCGCCGCAAAAAAGACCAGCAAAGUAAACCCGAAAAGCAGCCUGGGAAGAAGAGGAAUAAAAAAGCAAUUGAACAGACGGCUGAGUUCCAGAAUUUUGUCAGCGAGUUCAACAGCAUGUGUGACCAGGUCAAUCAGUACCAAUUAGUAAUCGAGAAACCAACGAGUGAUCGACUCACGAAGAAUCGACCAUGAGCCUAGGCCUUCGAUAACAAUAAUGUGGUUAUACAUACUUUAUUUUUUAGUGUUGUUCAAAGCUGCACAGCAUAGUCAGGCAUUUAAUUUGCAUUUCAUAACUGAGCGGGUCCACCAGAAAUGACGAUUUUUAUUCAAGAUUUUAUUUUGUAUUGUUUUGUUUGCCUGAAAUUUUGCAUAUGCAGUUUUUAUGACCGAACAAGUCAAUUUGUAUCGCCAUUUUUAUUCUAACCUAGCUUUUAAGAAAGGUCUAAGCAAAAAAUGUCUUGAUAAUGGAAUGCUCAACUAUUCUACAAUCAGUGAUUUUUCAGCUAUCGCUUUUUAGAAUGAGUUUUUCGGUAGAGAUUAUGGUUUCGAGGUUUAUAUUUGUGUUAGUUUUUUAUCUCACUUAUCUUUUUAGUGCAUUUUUACUUUUGUAAUAAAAUUCGGAGUCAAAUAAAAACUGUACUAACAAAAAAGAA